CUCUCUCACUCCCCUUCAUAUAAAUCCCUCUCAAACGCCCUUUCAAAUUCCCACACAUAUACAAAAAUCAAAAACUCUAAUUCCAAUUCCAAUUCCAAUUCUACCUUUCUCUCAAUCCAAACAGCCCCUCCCCACCAAGAAAGGGGAAAAAUGGCCUUAAUAUCUCCAAGAAAGCUGAGAUAUGAUCUCUACUCAUACUCAUACCAAGAAAACUCAAACACGCCUUUAGUCAUUUCAGUUCUUGCAUCCCUGAUCGAGAGAACGAUGGCCAGGAACGAAAGAAUCGCUAAGAAGUACUCCAAAUGGACGGGGGUUUCUAAAACACGAGUAUUCGACUGCAAUGAGACGCCCGACAUGACGAUUCAAUCGUAUUUAGAGAGGAUCUUUAGAUACACUAGAGCUGGACCGUCGGUCUACGUUGUUGCCUAUGUUUAUAUCGACAGGUUUUGCCAGUUUUACCCUGAGUUCAGGAUUGGAGCCAGGAAUGUGCAUAGGCUGCUCAUCACUACAAUUAUGGUGGCAUCUAAGUAUGUCGAGGAUAUGAAUUACAGAAAUUCAUACUUUGCUCGUGUGGGAGGAUUGACAACGAACGAAUUGAACAAACUGGAGGUUGAAUUCUUGUUCUUGAUGAAGUUCAAAUUGCAUGUGAAUGUGAGUGUCUAUGAGAGCUAUUGCUGCCAUUUGGAGAGGGAAGUGAGCAUUGGCGGAGGGUACCAAAUAGAGAGGACUUUGAGGUGUGCUGAGGAGAUCAAAACCAGACAAACAGUACAAGAAAGAAGAUACGAUGAUCAGAUUGCUCGUCUUUUGCUGUAGAUUCAUGAUUUUCAGACAUACAUAU